AGUGUCAACAUGACGCACCUUAAGAUACUUGUAAUUCUCUGUCAAAUAAUAUUUACGUUAAAUUUUAUAAAUUGUGCUCAACCAUUGUUAAAUGAUAAUGCUUAUAAUUUAUUUCGACAAGAAAUUCUUGAUUAUGUAGUAAAUACAACUUCUUAUAAUUGUACAUCAGCAACUAUUAAAAGUGCGCAACAAAGGGAAAAUGAUGCAAUCGUUACAUCCACAGUGGAACUCGAUUGCGAUAUAAAAGAUGAACAUUGUCCAACAUCGAGGCAACUAAAUUGUUAUUCAAGUUUCACAUACUCAGAUAUCGAAAGCGCUUACGUUCCCGAUUUUGAGACAUUUAAUUGUACACCUUUAUUAAUACCAGAAUUUGCAAAUUGUCAAGUAGGUCAACCUGGAUGUCCAUUCGACUUAAAUGUCAAUGCAAAUGGUGUACAAACAUUUACGAACGCUGCUUUAGCACAUUUAAAAUAUGAAUUGUUUGAAGAAUAUACAUUAAAACAAACACUUCGCUUACAACGACAAGUUUUAGAGACUCAACGAUCUGGUGUUAAAUAUUAUUUAACAAUUGCUGUUGCUAAAUCAUCUGCACCAAGUGAGACUGAAGAUGAUACUAUAUGUUAUGUAACAUUCUUAGAAAAACCAAAAUUGGAUACAAAUGCUAGACAUAUUAUUGCAAAUAAUUGUACAUACAAUCAAGAAUAUUUAGCAAUUUUAACACCCACUGCGGAGAAAUUCAAUCAAGAUCAUCGUAACGAUCAAAAUAAUGAAAUUGACGUUAAUUAUUCAGUUCAAAAAAUUGAACAACUUAGUCAAACAAAAACAAAUCCAAAUUAUGAACAGAUUGCUCAAGGCGGUAAUGUUGAUGAUACCUAUGAAGGAAUCACAGCGAGUCGAGUACGUGAAAUUGAAUCACAAAUUCUACCAAAACAACCUUCUCACGAUAAAAAACAUGCAAUUGAUGGUCUCUUAGACGUUUUCCAUUUCGAUGCUGAACCAAAAUUAAAACAGAGUCAACAAAGUAAAGUUGAUGCUGAAUUUAAACCCACUGACGAGGAAUUAAAACCAAUUAUCGAACCAAUAAUCGUUCCUGUUAAAGCUGUGGUAGCAUUUCAUAAACCGUUGCAAGCACCAAAAAUUGAAACAGUUAUAAUUGGUGUAGCUGAUGACUCGACAGAUGAAUCCAUUCAAAAUACUACCGAAAAUAUUGAAGAGACACAAAUUCGUGAAAGACGUGAUUUAAAUGCUAAAAGUUUACAACCAACUUCGCCAGAUGAGAUGAUCUUGGUAGAAAAUUUAUCUGAACUUGCUGUGGAUACCUUAGAUAAUAUUGAUACUGAUAAUCAUCGACGUGUAGUUUUGAAAAUAUUAGGUUCAAAAAAAUCAACAAACAAUGGUGGAAUCACAUACCAUUUAACAUUGAAAGUUGGUAUAUCAGAAUGUAUGGAAGAAAAUGAAGAAAAUUCACAAACUCCGCAAACGGAUUUAUUACAAAAGGUACAGAAAACACCUCUUGAACAAAAAUGUCGCAACACUUUACUAUCCGAUUUAACGAUGAUAUGCAAAGUUCAAGUUUACGUUACCACACAAAUAACAAAACCCAAAGUUGUUAAAUCUCAAUGUCAAAAUUUAAAACGUAACGGUGAACGAAAUAAUCGUACUGGAGGACGUUAUCGACGUUCUGUAUUUACCGGUGGUGUAACUAAACUUGAUACAUCUGACAACGAUUUUUAUGAAUUAGUUGAGGAUGCUUUAAAAAAAUUAGAUGAACUAUCCGAUGAACCAAAUAGUAUGAAAAUUAUUAAUGUUAAAAAUGCUACCAAACAAUUGGUAGCAGGUAUGUCAUAUAAAAUAGUUGCUGAAGUUGGUUUAGCUGAUUUACCAAAAGCGAAUACAAUUUCACCUAGUGACCGUUUAAACGCCAAAUUGUUAGAUGAACCUAAAUCAAGAAUAUGCACAUUUAAUAUUUGGGAUCGACCAUGGUUAAAGAAUGGUAAAGAAGUUAGUAUUACCUGUGAUGAUGCAGUAACUAAAGUUAGUUUUCGAUCAAAACGUUCAACUGCUGGUGGCUUAGCUCCACUUGAUACAUCCGAUAAUGAGUUUUAUAAUUUAGUUGAAGAUGGUUUAAAAAAAUUAGAUGAAUUAUCUGAUGAAUCAAACAGUAUAAAAAUUAUAAACGUAAAAAAUGCUACCAAGCAAGUGGUAGCUGGUAUGUCCUAUAAAAUAGUUGCGGAAGUCGGUUUAGCUGACUUACCAAAAGCGAAUAAAGUUUCGCCUAAUGAUCGUUUAAAUGCUAAAUUAUUGGAUGAACCUAAAUCUAAAGUAUGUACAUUCAGUAUAUGGGACCGUCCUUGGAUAAAGAAUGGUAAAGAGAUUAGUAUUACUUGUGAUGACGCCUUGACUAAAGUCAGUUUUCGGUCAAAACGUUCAAUAAAAAAAUUCGGUGGAUUUGGUGAUGAUCAUGAAAUUCAUUUAGGUUUAUUCCAUGAUUAUAUUCAAAAAUUUAAUAAAACAUAUGAAACAAAAAUUGAAUAUAAACGUCGGUUUAAUAUAUUUAAACAAAAUAUGAAGAAAAUCAAAGAAUUAAAUCAAUAUGAACAAGGUACAGCUAAAUAUGGCACCACAAUGUUUACCGAUAUGACACGUAAAGAAUUUGAACAAUAUCUUGGAUAUAAUCCGAAUUUAGGAAAUGCUAAUAAUUUACCAUUACCGAUGGCUGAUAUACCAAAUAUUGAAUUACCUGAUGCUGUUGAUUGGCGAAAAGAGGGUGCUGUAACUGGAGUAAAAAAUCAAGGACAAUGUGGAAGUUGUUGGGCAUUUAGUGUUACAGGAAAUGUUGAAGGACAAUAUUAUCUUAAAAAUAAGAAACUUUUAGAAUUUUCUGAACAAGAAUUAGUGGAUUGUGAUAAACUUGAUGAUGGUUGCAGCGGUGGUUUAAUGGAUAAUGCUUAUCGAUCCAUUGAAAAGUUGGGUGGUUUAGAAACAGAAAGCGAUUAUCCGUAUGAAGCUCGUAAUGAUAAAUGUAUAUUAAACAAAUCAAAAGUAAGAGUACAAUUAAAGGGUGCUGUAAAUAUCACGUCUGAUGAAGUUGGUAUGGCGAAAUGGUUAGCUAAAAACGGACCAAUCAGUAUUGCAAUCAAUGCUAAUGCUAUGCAAUUUUACAUGGGUGGAGUAAGUCAUCCAUGGAAGGUACUCUGUAAUCCAAAACAAUUGGAUCAUGGUGUGUUAAUUGUUGGAUAUGGAACAACAAGAAACCAAUUUUUCAAUAAAACAAUGCCAUAUUGGAUUGUUAAAAAUUCAUGGGGUAAACUUUGGGGUGAACAAGGAUAUUACAGAAUAUACCGUGGAGGUGGCACAUGUGGUGUGAAUCAAUAUCCAUCAAGUGCGAUACUUGCAGAUGAUUAAAUUUAGUAAAAAAAAUUCAUUUUAAUUAAGACUGCGCAUCCAUAAAAUGUGAAAAUUAAUUUUAACACGAGUAAAAAUAUAAAU